AGAAACCACAGAAAAAUCAAGCAUGUCGUUGAUAUUGAACAAAAAUCGUAAUUCUGGUAUGGCUUCCAUGAACGAGCCCAUUGGGCUCAAGCUCAGCUCCCAGUACAUCAUCGAUGAAGAGGCAAAGCGCGACGAGCUUCAUGGUUCAACGCUGGAAGACUUCGAGGUCAAGUGCACGUUGGGUGUGGGGAGUUUUGGAAGAGUGAGGUUCGUCAGGCACACACCUUCGGGACGUGUCUAUGCACUCAAGAUGUUGUCUAAGUCGCUUGUGCUGAAGAAGAAACAGCUGAAUCACGUGCUGUCGGAGAAAACGAUUCUCCGGCGAAUUUCGUUUCCUUUCGUUGUCAACAUGUACUCUUCAUUCAAAGACGACAAGUACAUCUACAUGGUGUUGGAAUACUCUCGAGGAGGAGAAUUUUUCACCCAUCUGCGCAAUGCAACCAUGCUCAAUGACAGCGCCGCAAGGUUCUACGCUGCUUCUGUCCUGCUAGCCCUGGAGUACCUUCACUCCAGACAGAUCGUCUACCGCGACCUCAAGCCCGAGAACCUCCUCCUCGACUCCCGCGGGUAUGUCAAGAUCUGCGACUUCGGGUUCUCCAAAGUGCUGGAGCCGGGCAACAAGACGUGGACGCUGUGUGGAACCCCCGAGUAUCUAGCGCCUGAAAUCAUACUGAGCAGAGGCCAUGGCAGACCAGUGGAUUGGUGGGCCCUGGGUGUUCUGAUCUUUGAGAUGCUUGCGGGAUAUCCGCCUUUCAACGACGAAGACCGAAUGGAACUUUACAAGUCGAUCGUGUCCGCUAAAGUAUCUUUCCCCAAGUCUUUCUCGCCGCACGCCAAGAACAUCGUCUGCCGACUCCUGGAGGUGGACGUGUCAAACAGACUUGGAAAUCUUAAGAACGAAGCUGGGUUCGAUUGGAAGUCGCUCAUCACCCAGACCAUGGACGCUCCGAUCCGCAUUCCUCACAACGAGGAGGACGACACGAGCUUGUUCGAGGAGUACGACGAGACUCUCGGGCCUGACUUCGGUGCAGAGGAGUUGAAUCCCAGUCAUGAAUACCUCUUCGACGGGUUCUGA